AUGGAUGUUGAGCGCUGGCUUGAGCAACUGCCUGCUACCGGGCCUAUUCUGUCCUCAGACAAUACAUCAUUGGUCGAUAUGGCCGCUCAAGCAGACACAAGGGAGACAACAAUAUCCACGUCCGCCCCGCGCCGAUCCUAUCCCACCAAACGACGGCGUACCGAUAAUGACAACUCUAAGCGGAGGGUGUCGUUAUCUCCAUCGCUGAUAUCGCUUUCUGAAUGUACUGAACCACGUUCAAGUAUGUUCAUUGCGUCGCGCCAGGGUAGCCCAACCCGAGAUGUCUUUAACCAACUCCGACUUGCAAAGCCUGCUAUUAUAUGUGAACCCCAAGCAACUGGCCCUAUACCGGGCACUGUAUCAUCUCCACGAAAACGCCUCGCAGAUCGGUUUGGACAGGGCAUAAUUCCUAAAGGCCUAGAGUCCCGGAUCCGUGAAUCCGAUCCUGACGAUGCUGAAGAAAUACCGGAGUCCGCAUAUUUUGACUCUGGACAUAUGUCAGAUGCGGCCCUUGACGUAUUGUGGAAUGAGUUCGAAGAAAUACGAUUAGAAGCAAGACAUUGUGAUAGAUACGGCAAAGAUGAGAAUGCUUGGUGCUUAGACGUCGUGCAGCCGAUUCUUCGCAAGCCCACAGAAGGGUCCUCUAAACUACAACUGACGAGUGUGAACAAUCUUACGCGGAUCAACAAAAAGGCAGACUAUGCUUUGUCGUUCUCCUGUCGGGACCCGGAAGUCCCCAGUCUCUAUGAGAGAGUCAGUCUAGGCGGUCACGGUUACGCGAUUAGCCAGACCACGGAUGCUUUUAACAAGCGGACUAUACUGUUCUCUGGUGUAGAAGUGAAGCCUGACGACGGCGGGAAAAAGGAAGCGCUUGCCCAGCUUGCCAUCUGGCUCAGUGGGAAUUUAGAGAAAAUGCGGCGAUUAGGCGAGUUAGCCAAAGGGCCGUUAGAUCAGGCUGAUUGGUUGUUGCCGACUAUUGGGUAUUGGACGGUUGUCGGUCACGACUGGAAGAAGUACCAAAGAAGGGCAACGAUCAAUGCGACUCCGGCAACGCCACCAACGACGCCUCCUGCAAUAGCCCCAGCAUGGUUACUCGAGGAAGAGCUGUUCGAUGAGUCGGAGGCUGAGGUCGUUGUUGCGGCAGGUAGAGAACUUGUGGAUGUGGAUUCGGUAGAGGAGCUACUGGUAGCAGAGGCGCUACUGGUAGCGGAUGCAGUGGAAGAGGUUGAGGAGAAGCCUAGAUAUUGA